GAUUGUGUGCGUACAGUCAGCCAAACUAUCAGACGCACCUGAGGACACCUUAUCAUUAAUGUUUGCAUCGAUGCGGCUGGCAUUACGUAGCACAUUCCCUCCGCAUUUAAGCCAUCAUGUUUCCAAUAUUUACAAAGAUAAAGGAACGCGUCGAGGCUUUUUUGAACGAGAAGAAUUUUGUCACUGACUGUCUCAGUAAGAUCGAAGAAAAAACUGGUAUUAAGAAACGCUACCUGGCGGCCGGUGCUGUCUCUGUAACGGGAGCAUAUUUAUUAUUUGGCUACGGUGCCUCUCUGCUCUGUAAUCUGAUUGGUUUUGUUUAUCCAGCAUAUUUCUCAAUCAAAGCUAUAGAAAGUCCAGGUAAAGAGGAUGACACACAAUGGUUGACGUAUUGGGUAAUCUACGGCUUCUUCAGCGUUGGUGAAUUCUUCUCUGACAUCUUUCUCCACUGGUUUCCAUUCUACUACGUAUGUAAGUGCCUGUUUCUUCUGUGGUGCAUGGCUCCAGUCUCCUGGAAUGGUUCUCAGAUUCUGUACAGGCGUGUGGUGCGCCCGUUGUUCCUGAAGCAUGAAGCUGCAGUAGACGGGGUGGUCAAUGAUCUGAGCGGGAAGGCCAUGUCAGCAGCUGAGAAUGUCACUAGAGAAGUUCUUCAGACUCUGGUGAGAAACAGAACUAUUGGCCCAGCCGAGCCUGAAGCCAAACAACUGACCAGUUCAACUCCUGUUGCUGACUGCACUCAUGCAAAGUCUCAGUUAUGUGAGGAGAAGAAUCACAUGACACAAGAAGUAAAAGGAGCUCCUCAAGAAAGACUUCAGAUGGGACACGAUACAAUGUGUUUUAAGCACAAAGCAAUUUCAAGGCAUAAAUGUACUAGACAUUGAAGAGUUGAAAUCUGACAUGACAGCAGUAUCAUCUUACUGUAAGGACCUCAAUGAGUGCGAAUUAUAAUUUAUCUUAUAGUCUUCAUGAUCAUAGUUAUCAGACAGUCAGUGUCAGGAGUUUUGGACUUCAUUGCCCAAUAAUCUAGAAUAUGUGUUCCUCCUGCUAAAAUGUGCUAAAUAAAUUUUCAGAGUACAUUUAUUUACAGCUCUCAAUAUUAUAUGUAUUUGUCCAGAAUGCUUAAAUGUCUGACAUUUAAACAUAGCUAAAAUGCAUUUACACUUUUUUUUUUUUUUAUCAAAUUGCAAUAGGAAAUUCAUGUUUUAUUUAUUAUAUUAUGUGUAGUAAUCAUUUAUUCCACAUGUCAGGUCUAGGCCUAUUUGUUUUGUAAUCUGAAUAUUAUUUAAAUUAAAAUGUAAUGUUUUCGAACUUUAAAUAAAUGUAUAUUGUAUUCAAUAUUUGAAAAAUG